AUGUUGUCUGCUCCCGUUAAGUCGGCGAAGCGCAUCUCGUCUCUCUUCUCCCUGGGCAGUCACAAGGAGCAUAAUGCCCCCGGAUCUUCAUCGAGCUCCUCCGAUUCAAAAACCCGCCAACGAAGCAGUUCCCGACCGACUCGCCAUGUAUCUACACCCAAUCCCAUUGCCUCAGAGCCCCGGACCGUUCCUGAUUCCGUACCUUUGGAUUUCGACUUGGAGAGCCUACAGCCCCCACCGUCCUUGCUCGCCGUGAACAGUGACUUGGCCAGCAGUGCUCCCAGCUCCCCAUCAAGCGGUCGACCGCAGAGCAGAGGUCGUGAUGUGAGCCGACCUUCCAGCGUGACGGGUUUGGCCAUCCCAGGUUCCACCCCAGACUCUCGCCCGGGCACCCCUUCGAAACGCAGGAGCUGGAUGCCGGGAAUGGGAGGACGGUCGCGGGCCAGUUCCGUGGAUAAGCGACCCGCGGCAGCCACGGCGCCGAGUGCCUGGAUUGCUGGGCUGGACCAGAAAGUCGUAUACGACCUGGGUCCGCUGUUAAGAGGAGAGCAGAUCCCGGAGCUGUGGAACGAACAAGGUGACACCUUUGUUUACUUGUUCCCUCAAAACACUGGUCGCGCGCCAUCCUUCAAGGUUGAUUCUACCAUCUUCGCUGAAUCCCCCUCUCUCACAUACCUUGCCCGUGGUACCGAUGCGAAAGCCAGCGGCCUGGAGCAGCCCACCCGUACCCUCUCGCUCGUCUCUCCUCCUUUGACCCCGCUGGAACACCUCGCAGACAAUGACAACGAUAGCCAAGGCAGCCAACGGUUGGCCUUUGAUGAUGGCGCCGACGAGGCUCCGGAACUGCACCUGUACCUGCCAAUUCCCUUGAACAGUGACGUUUCCAACCCAUCGUCUCGCCUGACACAAGAAGAUUCGGACAACCUCCUCCUCUUCCGCAAUCUUUUCGCCUUCCUCCUUGGCCAGUCGCUUAUCUCCAGCCCGAAAUCGGCAUCUCUAUUUAGCAUCUUCAUGGAUGUCGCUGUUUUGCUGGCACGAUUCGAGUUUACCAACCUGGACGGUUCCAACUUUGGUGAAACCGCUACUUCUAGCUUCAGCAACUACUGCGAUGAAUUGCGCUUGGCCGAUGUGCGCAAGAGUCGAGAAAAGACCAUCGAGGCGAUCGUUCUCGGUGAACGCCUCAGAUACUUCCCUCUCUACGUGGAGGGAUUCGUCCAUGGUGUCGGCAAGCUGGAUGAAAUCAAGCAACUGCGGAGUCCCAAAUUUACCUUCAUCCACCCCAUCACACAAAAGCGGAUGGAGCGCGGCUUUAUCGAUCUGGACACUCGUUUGCGUGGCCUGUACUCGAAACUUGAGGAUUUCGACUUCCCCUCGGUCUUCUCCGGUAGCGCGAACUCGCAGACUUCAAUGGAAAGUAAGGUCAUCCGCUUCAAGAACUGGAAGUCCGGGUUCUUCGAAUUCCGUCGCUUCACCAUGCAGUUCUACCGACAGAAGUAUGGCAGCUGGCCACCCAAGGCCCGAUCGAAGAAGAACGAGUUCGAGGAAAGUGGAUUGAAUCGUCUGCUUCUCCUGGACUUGUACCAUGAUUUCACUGAUCUCUAUGACCUGUUGGUUGACCGCACUGCCCUCACCACUCGCACUAUUGACGCAUCUGGUUCGGGCGGCGACAAUUCUUCCACUGAUAUUAUGGAUGUUACCCUCCGUGCCCUCCGCCAUAUUCUCAGCGAGUACGAUCGCAGCACUCCGCCCGUUCUUCCUCCAAUUCCGUUCGAUGUUCCUCAGAUUCCCUCCUUACAAGUCCUGCACCGAAAGCCCCUGGAACCCAAGAAAGCAGGCAAGUUGCGAAGCAAGAAACUCAAGAACUCUGACAUCAACGCCGUCUUGAUGGACUCCUACACCCGGGAGAGCAUGCGCCCGACUCCUUUCAUCGAAAGCUUCAUGCAAUUCGAGCGACGCUCUGCUGCGGGUAAGACCCUAGAGGACAUUACCGAUCUGCGAUGUGGUCAAUGGAUUUUCCUUUACGCUGUCAUCCAGUCUCUCCCUAUGCUGGUUGUGGAUGUUCCCGAGGUUCGCUUCUCUGAGGGUGUUGAGUACUUCCUCUCCAUUGCCCCUCGUGGUGGUGCACCCUGGAUCCAGAAUGACACCAAAACUGCGCGCAGCUGGUUCGGUGUCGCUGGUGGAGCGGGUGUUGUCAGCCUUCCUUCCGAUGUGGUUAUCAACGGCGUUGAGGGUGUUUACCGCCGCAGCCAUUGUUGGCAGGUUGCUGAACAAUGGGCCGAGGCUGGCCAACUGAUUGAGCCUCCCACCGUGGAGGACUGGGAAGAGGACGAGUCUUCUAUCUCAUCGCCCUACCCCGCUCAGCAGUCAUCGGCUGGCUCUUCCUCGGAACUGCAGCAGCAGAUGAUGAACAUGCCUCACGGUGGCCUAACACCACCUCCACCUGCUAUUCCGCGCCAACGCUCCCCUGCGGCUGGAGCACGGGUCGAGCAUCGCCACUCUAUUUACCCUGGCUUGGAGGCGCUGCCAUUACCUGCUGGCAUUGCCCCCCUUGAACCUCCUUCACGUCCCAUCAGCCGAUUUAACCCGAACAUGAGUUUUGAUGACAUCUUAAAGGAGGUUCCCAAGAAGGAGAAGGGCAAGAAACACUAG